AAAUGCACAGCGAAGACUUGGAGAAGAACAACAUAGGGCAGCAGGAUGCACGGCCGGACCCGCCGAAUGGUGGGCACCUCACGCCCUCCCCAGAAGAUAAUCCAAACUUUCUUGUUUACAAAAAGAUGGAAGCUAUCGUGGAAAGCAUGCAAGAUGAAAACCAUGGUGUUCCAGUGAGAACGGUUAAAAGUUUUAUGUCCAAAAUACCCAGUGUGUUUACAGGUACAGAUCUUAUUGCUUGGAUGAUGAAACAUUUAAAUAUGGAGGAUCAAACCGAAGCUCUACACAUGGCUCAUUUGAUGGCUUCUCAUGGCUAUUUUUUCCCUAUUGAUGAUCACGUUUUAACUGUGAAAGCAGAUGGAACAUUCUACAGAUUUCAAACUCCCUAUUUUUGGCCCUCUAACUGCUGGGAACCUGAAAACACUGAUUAUGCCGUGUACCUCUGUAAGAGAACGAUGCAGAACAAGACCCGACUGGAACUGGUGGAUUAUGAAGCGGAGAACUUGGCUCGACUCCAGAAAAUGUUUUCACGGAAAUGGGAAUUCAUUUUCAUGCAAGCUGAAGCGCAGGCGAAAGUCGACAAAAAGAGGGACAAGUUUGAAAGAAAAGUUCUAGACAGCCAAGAGAGAGCCUUUUGGGACGUCCACAGACCCGUGCCAGGAUGCGUGAAUACCACGGAGAUUGAUCUGAAGAAGGCUUUCAAAGGGAACAACUCACCGCCACGAUACAUAAAGCAAUCCAAAUCUGCUCCUGUUACUCCAUGCGUCCUUUCAGAAGCAGAAAUCGACAGUCAAAUGGAGGCUGCCAGAAAGCAGAUAAGAGCUUUAAAAAAUAAAAUCGACAGAGGAAAUGUUAAAAUGUCCAAAGUAUGCGAAUCAUACAUUAAUUACUAUGAGCAAUAUGCGGAAUAUGACCCGUUCCUCACUCCACCAGAAUAUUCCAAUCCGUGGAUUUCCGAUAGCACAGAGGCUUGGGAUAUGGAAAAACAAACGAAAGAAGUGAGUGCACGUCGAGUCAAGCGAUGGGCAUUCUCUCUCCAGGAACUACUGAAGGAUCCCGCAGGGAAAGAGCAGUUUUACAAGUUCCUUGAGAAAGAAUUCAGCGCUGAAAACCUGAAAUUUUACGAUGCUGUUCAAGAAUUAAAGCAGGUCCAUGCUACUGAGGUUGAAGACAAAGUACGAGAAAUAUGGAAUGAAUUUUUAGAAGCUGAUGCCAACACUCCUGUCAACAUCGAUUCCAGAAGUUAUGAUGUCACAAAGAAGAAUGUAGAAAAACCUGACAGAUGGGCAUUUGAUGCGGCUGCUUCUCAUCUUUACUUACUCAUGAAAAAUGACAGCUACGCCAGAUAUCUCAGAUCAGAACUUUACAAAGAAUACUUAAAUGGAACCAAGAAAAAGAGCAAGCUCUUUAUCCCCAAACUGCCAAGUUUGAGCAUUGGAUCCUAGUAUACAUAUCACCCCAAUUGAAGACACAUCAAGAACCAACCAUUGUGUUAAAAUCUCAUUAUUGCCAAAUAUUUUAAUAUAUCAACAUCUUAUCAUCUAUGAAUUGGGGAAGAUAUACACAUAUAUAUUUUUCAUAAAAAAAUAAUCAAGAUUCUUUGAGUGAAGAUCUUUGAUUACUAGUGGUCAAUAAGUUCUCAUACGGUUUCAAAUUCAGUAUUAAAUGGAGAAUUUAAUAAACAUCAUUUUUAUUACAUUAAACAUAUAUUCAGGUCUAAUUAUUACACAUAACUUGUUUAUAUAUCGGAUAUUUAUUUAUUUAUUGGUGGUUGAUGAUAGCUCAUAAUAUCAAAGUUGAAAUCGUUUUUAAAUAAUUUUAUUGCUUAAAUAAAUCAACACUUGGUUCAAGAAUGGAGUGUAGAAAAAAAAACCGUGUUUUAUAUUUGAGUAAAAACUUCUUAAUUGGUAAUCGCCAGAAUGUCUACAGAACUGAACUGAAUGUAUUGAUGACCAUUGAUUAUAUUAUAUACAAGGCUCUGAUACUGUCAUUUAAAAAAUGACGUGAUAUCAAUGACAAUGAUGCAUUUGGAUCCUCGAAUUUUUGCAAUCAAAAUUACUUUCCUUUCAAAACUUUUAUUUCCAUAAUUUAAAUUCCCAAAGUCAAAUUUAUAAACAAAUGAUAGUAUUCUCUCAAAACUUCGUCGAACAAUGCCAAAUAAUAGUGUGAACACUCAUUCUCACGCUCAUAAAAAUUGAGAACUUCAUACAAGAGUGUCAAAAACACGAGUUCUAGGAUUAUCAAUUUGGAAUCUAGCUCAUAAACGUUUUGUAAUACAAUAUGGAAAGUCCAAAUUAAUAUCCAGAACAUCUUUGCCCUCAAAGAUUGAAAAAAAUACUAGACACAAAAUCUGAUAUGAUCUAUAAUUUCUAAACUACUGCAAUAUGUCAAAUUUUAUUUUUCCAACUCUUUAUGUUUUUAGUUAACGUGUGCUCUUGUAUUGAUAAAGGGAGCCAGAAUGACUAUGAAUGGAUUUCUUUCAAAAUUUUGUUGAAAUGUACAAAUUUUGAGCAAAUACCAUAAACAUACAUUGUAUGCAGUAUGUGCAAGAGUAUAAAAAUGUAAUUCAAAAAUUUGUUUUUAAUUUUUAUUACAUAUGUUUACAUUAUUACGUUUAAGAUCAUUAUAAAUUGUGCAUACCUAUAAACACGAUAAUUGUAGAGUUCUUUAGGUUUCAGUAUGAAAGAAUUCUCCAUAUUUACUAAUAUGCUCUGAUGACAUGCUAUGUAAAUUGGUAUACAAGAUUUUUCCAAUUAAUUCAUAGCACAAGAGUUAAUAUGUUUUUUUUUGUCCUUGAUAUUUUGAUGUAUUUUUUAGGACGAAUUUUUCCUGUAUUUAAUGAUUGAUAAGUAUUUUUAAUAAUGGGUAUCAUCUGCUUUAAAAACUUUAAUUUAUUUAUUACAAGUAUAUUAAAGACAUUAUUUUUUGCAUUUGAUAUAUACUGGAUUUGUGCGCCGAUUCCUUCCUUAAACAUUUUGUUACAUAACAUUUCCCUAAAACAGUUAAUCAAUCGUACACAUUUCAUUCAUUUCCUUUCUUUCAUUUAUUUAAAAGAAAUAUAAUUAUGCCAACAUAAAUUAAAGGAACUAUUUAAAGAAAUAUUUAAAAGAGCGAAUUGAAUUUUAUAAGCAUAUGAGAACUUAUUGACUAUACUAUAAGACGAGUAACUGGCUAGCUGUGAUGGAAUGAAUAAGCAAGAUGAGAAACAGUGAUUUUUGUAAACUGCCGACGUUGUUUAAAAAAAAUGUGUUAAAUGUAGUCCGUUCCAGUACCUGAAAAAGUAAUCGCACUGCUUCUUAUUUCAAUAAAUGCUCUUUCAUUUAUUUAAUGAAUAUAAGUUUUAGAUAUAUGUAGUUGCUUAAAGUAUAUUUAAAAAUUCAUCUUUUAAAGAAUAAUUUAUUUUGUUUCGUAAAAUGCAUAUAAACGCACUGAAUCAAUGGAGUCUAGUUACAGAUUUUAAGAAAUUUUGUUGCGGUAUUUAAUUCAUUCAAUGUGCUAAAGUUCUGGAUAAUUGAUUUUUGGGAAAGAAAUUUUCCAAUAGAUUUAUUUAAAUAAUUAUGUAUGAUUUGAUUUAGUAUCCAGCAGUGUAUCUCAAAUAUAGAGAUAUUUUGAAUUAGUUGCUUGAA